GAAAUCUAGCAGAUCCUGCGACGAUGGAAGAAGGAAGCAUGGCGAUGGCACCGGCCGAGAUCAUGCUGGACGCGGUCCGCGCGGAAGAGGCCUGGACGGGCGUCGAGCUGCUCGUCUGCGCAGUGCUCCAGCUGCUCCUCGUCUUCCUCGGCUACCGGCUCGACCGCGCGACGACCCACACCAUGAUGAUCCCCGAGUCGGCGUAUGCGAUCGUCUUUGGCCUCUGCUUUGGCGCUGUGCUCAAGUUUUGCACGCCCGUCGACAAGAUCGGGCUCAACCCGCAGGUCCUCUUCUUCGGCCUCUUGCCGCCCAUCAUCCUCGAAGCGGGCUUCAGCAUGAAGAAGCGUGGUUUCUUCACCAACUUUUCGACCAUCUUGCUGCUCGCGAUCGUCGGCACGCUUGUGGCGACGUUCAUCACGGGCGGGCUCUUGAUCUGGCUCGGGCAGCUCGGGCUCAUCACGGCGCUGACGCCGGCCGAGGCGUACCUCUACGGGUCGCUCAUCUCGGCCGUCGACCCCGUCGCGACGCUCUCGGUCUUCAAGAAGAACGACGCACCGCCCAUGCUCUUCAACCUCGUCUUUGGCGAAAGCGUCCUCAACGACGGUGUCGCGAUUGUGGUGUUUACACUCUUUCAAGAGUUUAUUCGCCAUGGCAUCAGCGACGUCGACCAUCACGCAGCGUUCAUGGUCGUACUCAAGGUCAUCGCCAUCGGCAUUGGCUCGGUCGCGCUCGCGGCCGCCGUGUGCUUUAUCUCGGCAUUUAUGCUCAAGAUUGCCGACCCGAUGCUGCAGCAGUACCCGCACUAUGAGAUCUCGAUCGUGCUUCUCUCGGCCUACAUUAGCUACGUGGUCGGCGACCUCGCGGGUCUCUCUGGCAUCGUCGCGCUCUUCUUCUCCGGCGUCCUCAUGAGCCAUUACCACUUGACCAACAUGUCGCAGGAGAGUGCGACCGCGCUCAAGCAUCUCUUGUCGACGCUCGCGUUUCUGGCCGAGAACUUUAUCUUUCUGUACCUCGGCGUCUCGGUCGUGGCCUACUCGUCGUCGUUCAAGUGGGACUGGCGCUUUCUCAUUCUGCAGCUGCUCGUGCUGCUUUUGGCGCGUGCCGCCAACACGUUCCCGCUCUGUGCCCUCGCCAACCUCGGCCGGAAGGACGCGAUUCCGUUUUCGCACAUGGUGGUGAUUUGGUUUUCGGGCCUCCGCGGUGCAAUUGCCUUUGCCCUCGCGCUCAACGUCUAUACGCCCGACGAGUCGCACGCCGGCGUCAUCAAGAGCAGCACGCUCUUCACUGUCAUGUUUACGACGCUCGUCUUUGGCGUCUCGACCGGCCCGCUCCUGACGUACGUCGGGCUCGGAAAGCGCAAUGCGUCGUCGCCGUAUCUGCGUCCCGAAGCGGUCAAGCUCCUCGACGAAGUGCACGAGUGCGGCGGCGACCCGAUCUCGCCGACGGCCGAGACGGGCAUGCAUGGCAUCUGGAACGACGUGGACGCCAAGUACCUCAUGCCCGUCUUUGGCAACCAGCGCCACGACAGCGAGUCGAUCCAUCCGACCGCCGCCAGUCGGAGCAGUAGUGGGUCGUCGGACUACGAACGCCCGUGA